UGUCAGGAGCGCUGCAUUUGCUAAAGAGUUGCUGUUUUUGUUUAUUUUCUUUAUUUGGCUUAGGUUUUCAUCAUGCAGAUUGCUGCUAAAAAUAUCUAUCGGUUUUUUUUUUCUGUGGAAAUAUGUUUCAACGCGAUACGCGACACUAUCACCUUGAACCGUGCAAUAAACGUGGAUGCCUAAAUGAGUCAACAGGACACUGGUCUUCUGGGAUACUAUACAUGUUGCUCGUUCUAUCUUCUUCCACAGAUGGUCAAUGGUUUAUUACAUAUCAUUUUGCAGAUAUGUUGUGUCCAUUUCGAUUGUGAAAAUCAAAUUUAUCGUAUUGACAGACUACCGUAGUGCUAGCAGCGGCGCAACCUGUCGAGGCUGUAGUGGCUGAAAUGGAUCUGACUCAUGUUAUCCUUAUAUUGUUUGGGAUUCUUUCGUGCUGCGGUUUCCUGCAAAGCCCAAAACUGCAAAAAGAAGCCGUAGCAGAUAGCAAAAUAACCGGAGACUCGAAUCCAUAUCAUGGGAAUUAUGCCGCGAAACCCCAUAUGCCGCAGUUUCCGCCACCAACAGGCGUUUCCGAAAGUGGACUAAAUGAAUGGCAGAUGACUGAGCAUAUUGUGGACAUGGGGCAGGAAUUGUUGGAUAACCAGCUAACAUCCUCUAUCGUUGAUUCAACGCCAGCAUCGGACGUAAUCGCUGACUUCCGAGUUGUAAAGGAAUCUCGAAAAAUUGCAUCAGCGCUAAGGAAAACUGCCAAUGUGGAAAUUGGCGUGGCUAAUAUGCAGACUUUGUAUGAUUCCGUUCCAUUCACAAUGACUGAUCCCGAUGAGUCCAGUGUGUUGUCCUUUCUCGUGGCGGAUGUCAAAGGAAAGCUGAAUUCUUCGGUGGAUUAUCUGAAAAUGUCUCUGGCGGAAAGACAUUCUUCAGAAUGGCCAUUUUCUGGAACGUUUGAUCGUCUGCGUAUAAAAAACGAUGUGGCAAAAAGUCGACUGUAUGGUCGGUCCAUUUAUUUGUGCUAUGAUUAUUCAGUCGCGCAGGUGCAGUUUUGCACUGUAACGUGGCUUAUUAAUGGUUCGGGGAGCGAAACGUUGCGAGAGAUGAUGUCAAAUGUUACUUACAACUUGUUGGACGUAUGGGUGGGUUAUAAGGGUUCGAGAUCUCGUUACUCGUCCAUCGUUUUGUCUUCAAGUUACGGAAAGGAAUCUGCAGCACGAAUCAUGGAGGAACAAUUACUGCCACCGGAAAGCGUGAACCGCUUUGCUCGCCGAUGGGCUGCACUUAGAGAAGCAUCGGCAGACAACGGAAGGAUUCGCAGCUACAUUUUGAUAUUAGAUUUCAAUGGCGUGGGACAAGCGGAGUUCAGUAUUAUGAAGAAUACGGUCUAUGCAUUGCUGCGUACAUUCCAUGUUCAGGAUGAGGUUUUGUUGGUUACUGCUGGCACAAUAACAUGCGACAUACGGGCUGCUGGAUGUCGCGGUUCACCAGCACUAUUUUUGGAUGAAAACUCGAGGGAGGCAUUUGAUUAUCUGGACAGACUGACAUUUCGUCCAGAAUACUCACAGAAGAGAAAUUCAACAUUAUUCUGCAACAAAAACAACACGUUUCUAAAGGAUUUGCCUGUUAUUGUCUACCUGACCACCCUUAAAAAUUUUGGACCUGGAUUUGACCUGAAACAAUUUUUGCUUGCAUUGGCGCUUCCACAAAUACACCGUGAGGUCCACAUUGGCAUCGUCUCUAACUCGCCACCAACUUCUGACCCUGGAAUGGCACAGCUUACCGGUCUUGGCGAGGUCACAACGACUUAUCUCAACUCUAUCAGUUUUCCUAUGGCCCUUUUCGCUCGCAUCUUUUCGCUGGAUACAGUACUACUACCUUACGAAUUGUCUCACAUAUCUGAUAUUUCCUCGGAAGGUACCGCGAAAUCUCUCAGCCAUUACGUCACUUCGGUGAAUGUCUUUAAAACCUUCGUUUUGAACGACACCACCACCGCAACCAUUGGGAUGGGGGCAGAUUUUGCUAUCGAUUAUAUUUUUGAACAAUGUCUAUAUCAUCGGAUGGCACUAUCAGCUGGAAAUUCUUACUGCUUUGUGAUAAAUGUGAACGGUUAUGCCAUCGUCCAUCCGGAACUGGAUAGGCGAACAGGUGCCAUACCAUUAGUUGACCUUUUGGAGAAUUUCGCCGGAUUUCAAGACGUUAAAGCUGCUAUGCUUGCAACUGAGAGAGCCGAAUUGAUGACGCCUUCCGGUCGGUUCUACUUAUGGCAGCGUGUGUCCGGAACCCCUUUUAUAAUUUGCAUCGUACGAUCUGGUCAUAAAACGCGAAUUCAGACCAUAGAAACUGACACGUGGGUUCUGGACAACUCUUCGCCCAAUCUCACGUACCAUCGGGCUGAUUUAGCGCAGACACCUGGUCAACGUUUGUGUUUUUAUGAUAAUCAGCUUGCAAGAGCUGAUACUUGUGGCUUAUUUCUCUCUGCGAAUGCCUUCCUUAACCCCUACAGCCAUUUGAAGAUUCCCGAGUCCAAAUCCGACAUCGAAAUUUUUAUGACAUUUUUGACAAGACAGUCGGAUGCACCAGCUGGGAAUUUAAGUUCCAUCAUAAACAAGCUGUUACCUGUGAAAUCUGAGGCAAAAUUAUUACGCAAAAUGUGUGGAGCAUGGAUGGACAUUUUUCAUACCAGCCUGCUAAACGGCAACAUAACUCGUCGCUUUGCUGCCACCAUGGACGGGGUUCUGGUAUCUUUUCCAGCCGUCUUGUUGGAUGGGGCGUACAAUCCCGCUGAACAAGAAUGGUUUCGCGAAGCCGUUCGCUUUCCCGGUUGGAUUGUGCUGGCUCCUCCCGUUCUCCGACAGAGUGGUCCACCUGUUACCAUUCUUAGCAGAUCCAUUCACGAAGCGAAACAUACAGCCAUGCAUACACCAUCUGACCCAGUCGCCAUGGUCAUUGGUGCGGAAUUAACCGUGCACUACCUGCAUUCCCUACUACUGGACAUCGUACCAGGGUGUGGUCAAACUGGAGUACGUUGUUUCCUACUUGACAUUAAUGGAUACGUGAUUACUCACCCGAGACUGAAUGCGGUAGCCUUUGAAAAGGGUCCGUUGGAGCGGUUCCAUGUCGCUCAUGUUGAACCGAUUGUGGCCACGGAGUUGUUCAGUGGAAAUAAUCCGGUGUUGCAGAAGAAAGUUUGUCAGGAUGGAUCCCGAAAAACAUGGGAAAGGUAUUACGAAGGGAAUUUGACAUACUACGGGCCCCAUGUCUCAAGCAAACCUUGCUCAACGUUCGCUGCCGCUUUGGUACCUGGCACAAAUGUGUACCUCGUGAUUGUUAAUGGGAAUUGUUCACGGGAUGAACGGGCGUUCUGUCCAUGUAGUGUGGUUGACCGGUCGUGCUUGAACUGCCGGCGUAUGGAGGUCAACGAAUGUGAGUGUCCCUGCCGCUGUGGCAUGCCGCAGCAGGGAAUGUGCGCCGCGCACAAUUUUGGUUUCCAUCAUGAAAAUAUCUCAUUGUGUCCCAAAAGAGUGGAUGAUAUCAAGUUGAGGAGCCUGGAUGAAUUAGCAAUCACGACUGUUCCACGGUGCAGUCAGCUGGCAUGCACUGCCAGGAAGUCCAAGACCGCGUGUUUAAAGGAUACGGUAUGCGAUUGGUGUCCGUAUGAGAAGCGCAAUGGAAACACAGGUUGGUUCUGUUCCUUUCAUGGCCGGUGUGCUAGUGGACCCGGUGAACUUGCAGCAGAGGACGAUGACGAAGACCAUCGGGGUGACGAUCGGAAAAUUAUGGUGCUGGAAAAAAGUUCCGCCAUUGUCCCAUUGACCUGCGGUAUUCUGGGAUGCUUUGGUUGUGUUUUUGUCCUUACUAUAUGCUGCCGCUACUACCGCCGUGUUGAACUCGUUAUUCCGGCGCUGGCCGCCAAUGAUCCCGAGAAUUUUAAGGUGACGUAUCUGGACAACGACGAAGAGUGUCCGAACGCGGCACUUUUGGAAAACAUGGGCCCUCCCAAUGGAUACGGUGCUGCAGGUGUUGACAUGGACAAUAUUAUCUCAGCGUACCAAAUUAAUCCGGGUUAUCGACCACCGGCCAACCGGAUGCCGCCAGAAAGCAGUGACCACGGGUAUUCCACUGCGACCAACAGCCAGGAGGAUGCCCAAUCGCAGUGGAUGCAAACGAUAGCGCCCAGUGAAAACGGAGACUUGGUUAUCGGAGCAGCUGUUUGUUCGAUAAGGAAGCCGUCCGUCAACCACGAUCGGGAUUUUCCUGGAAAAGACCGGCUGAGCUAUAGUACUGGAGUCCGUGCAGAAAGCAAUACGACGACUGAAUCCGUCUGCGCUGGUUUCGAAAGGAAUGGGUCGGCAUACAAAGUAAUUACUGUUGCAGAUGUACAUACGCACUAGUUUUACUCGCUCCUGAUGCUGCAGUAUUAUUGCUUGUUUGAUAUCUCAUAUUUGUUCAGAUUUUUUGUAGUUGUUAUUAAUUUUAUUUAUAGUCGAAUCGAUGGUUGUUUGGAUGACUCACGCUUUUGUAUUUUUUUUUGUUUUUGGAUUUUGCAGAAUGUUGCUUAUACGCUUAUUACAAUGCAUAUCUGUACACACUGUAUGCAACUAUGCAUAUGCUUGUAUGGUCCUCAGAAAAUUAAGUAUUAUUUUCUUAGUAAGCUGAAAUUACAUUGUAUUGAAUUGAAAACGGUGAGCACUAGUACAGCACAUCUGAUAUUAAUGAACCGACAUUCUGUCUGGCCACACACUUAUGGUUUAUAAGUGUUACGAGUUUCUUCGGACUUGGCUGAUCGGUACGCCGAAGUUUUUUGGAAGUACAGACGGAAUUUCCUGGGGGAUAAUUUGGCGCACUGACAACAAAUCAUUUCACGCUAACAGGGCUCUGAUCCGGAUAUACGAUGCGUCUUGACAAGCAAAAAACGAUUUCUGCACUUCCUCCCCAACCGAGGCAGUCCUAUCGCACACUCGUUGUCAGUAACUUCUAUAUAAUUAAAGACCAAGGCAUGUGUUUCAGUGUUUGAACCGGGUAAAGGUAACCGGCGAGGCUUUCUGAUUUUUUUACAUUCAGAUAAUUGUGGAUGCUAUUACCAAACUCCACCACGCUGUGAAAAAUGCUGCCCAAAUCCCUGAUGUUAGCUCUCACGUUAUCUCUGGUAGUCAUCGGUUAUGCAAACUGCCAGGGCAUAUGGAAGCGUGGAACGGUAGGCAAUUUGAUCGUUUACACCGGAUGGAAUUGCAAAAUUGUAUCGCUGGACGACGCGCCCGGAGUAUGCGAAAAGAAGAAUAAAAAUGUCAAAGGUGCAGGCGCGGAUAAGCCGGUUAUGGGGGAAUUUUUUAAAUUUGGACCAAACUGUUGCACAAUCAUUGGCAAGCGGACUUAAAAAAUCCUGUUUGAAGCAGUAUUACAUCUUCCACCUCUAGAAAAAACACUCAUCCAGUUUUCGUAAAGAUGGUGCUAUUUUUGAUUGCUCAUUUACUCGGGUUACUAGUAACCGAAAUGGCCUUUCUGUUACAACAUGCUGGCUUAUCUCUUCCACCCAACAUCAAGAAAAUAGUGGAUAUACUGAUAAAUAAUACUCGUAACUGAUUAAAAAUCUAAAAGUGGUGGCAUUACACGUUGUACCGUAAAAUCCCUACCAAGUUGAGAUUGUA